UACUUUAGCAAAAUCUUGUUUUACUUUUAAAUAUAAUAAUCAUUUAUCACAAUUUGCUUUCCUGAAACCAAAUGCAACCGUUGAGGUGUGAACGAAAAAGGAUAACGGAAUCUGGGGAUAUCAAAAAGUUAAAGGGCGACGACACGUGUCCCUUUGCUUACCCCUCUAAAUCUAUUUAAACCGAGAGCUGAAUCGCCAAGACGGAACCCGCCAAUUUCCCAUCAAAAUGUCAGUGUCUCUUAGUGCUGCCGAACAGAUCUCCUUCUUCUGCUUCCAAAUCAGCAAUAGGAGAUUCAUUGAAGAUUCUCUUCGAAUCCUUGAGUCGAUUCUCGUAACCAAAGACGUGAAGUCAUUGAUCGAAGUACGGUCCAGUUUGAGAGAGUACAUGAGUUCUGAAUUUUUCUGUGUGAUCCGUGAAAUCGAAGAGAAAUCCGUCGACCAAAAGAUAUUGGUUCUAGACUUCUUUGUUCGUGCUUUUGCUCUUAUCGGCGACAUCGAGAGUUGCUUGGCCGUGAGAUAUGAGGCUUUACUUUAUCGCCAGCUCAAGUCUCCAAGUAACCAGUGGCUACAAGUUUCACAUACAGAAUGGCUAAGCUUUGCUGAUCACUCAAUUCAAAAUGGUUUCUACACAAUAGCUUGGAAGGCAUGUGAAAAUGCACUGUUAUGCAUUCAAAGAGAUGAUGGUACUGAUCCCAACUCAGAUGAAUAUUCUGAAAAUUCGAAAGAUAUAGAAAAAAUUAAAAGACUCAAGGACUCUGCAAUAAUAUCAGCUUCCUCACAUUCAGUUCAGGCACAGACAACAGAGUACUUGAGGAAAAAAAAGAAUGAGAAAGCCAGAACAUGGCCUCUAUUUGGUAAGAAAGUGCAGUGCCAGGGAAGCACUCUGUUCAGAGAUGGCAUUAAAAGACAGAAUGAACGAAAGCUGCAUGAAUGCAAAACUCUCAAGAUUAAGAUCAUAUCAUAAUCAAUUCAACUUUGAUGCCCCUGCUGCAUGUUCUGUUUUUUGCAGUGAAUUUUAUUUCACAAGCUUAUGUUGGAUAGGUAGAUACUGCAUAUGCAGGUUCCCUCUUGACAAAGUGUUACUCUAUCAUGGUUGUCCUGUGUUAAUAGGACGAAACUACUGCGAUUACCAAUCAACCUAUUUCAAUGGGAAAGUAGGGGAUGGUAGAGGCAAACGGCAUGGUAGAAAAUGUCAUAUAUCUGUUCUGUGGGAUGUUUGUUUAUGUCAAGUAGCUGUUCUGUUUUCUUUUAUAUGCCUUUUGUUUUUUGUUGGCAUAAUUAAAACAUGGCUGAAUUUGAAGAGUGUGAACAUGCCAUUUAGCCUUGGAUCAUGCACAUCAUGAUUUUCUGUGGGAUGUUUGUUUAUGUCAAGUAGCUGUUCUGUUUUC